AUGUGGCAAGGUGGUUCGAAACGCAAAAUAAUCUUGUGCUACCUGAAAGAAGUAUCUGGCAAGCUGCUUCAACAGAAGGAUGUGGAGAACAUGAUCGCUGAGAUGCGUCGCGAGACGUACACUUCAUCAGAUGACAACGUUCGAGUGUCCCAGUUGUUGCAGGACUUUGGAGAGGGACCGGGGAACGCAGUAAGAAUUUUUCGCGAUUCUGCAACAAGUCUCACAAGCUGUAUCACCUUCCAGACCGCGCACAUGAGGAGGAUGGCGAGGAAGUUCCCAGAGGCUCUAUGCAUUGAUGCUACACAUGGAACUAAUCGCAACAGGUGCGAGACCGAUGAAGACCGAUGA